AUGUCGUCUCCUUCACAAACCCUAGCUCUAGUAGUUACAGAAGAAAGAGAAGCAGUUGAUACUCAGCUCUCAUCUCUCGUCUAUGACGUCUCACAACAAGUGCAAGUAGCAAUGGAGAGCAUGCUUAAGAUGACUAAUGAAAUAGAUCAAAGCUCAAGUGGAAUAAUGGAAGAGAUUGAGAAGUGCAAGGAUUCUGCUACUGAGAAGAAGAUGUUGGACGAAGAAAAAGAACGUUUCCAGAAAGCUGCUUACAUGGCUUUAGAUAUGCUGAACAACACUGUAAGUUACAUUUCUCAUCAUUUCUAUUAUCCUUUGCUGCGAAGAAUUACAUUUUAUUGUAGUGAAGUGUUUCACAACAAGUAG